AUGGGAUUAAAUUGUCUUUCCAAACAGCUGAUAUUGUUAUUCCUGCCGUUGGCUAUCGCUACUAAUUUAGGCUGGGAUAUCAAUCCGUUCUAUGGAGAAACAUAUAUGAGAUAUAACAGCAUGCAACCUAGUCAUGAUAAAAAAGGGUCUAACGGAACCAGCUGGACGUCAAGCAUAUUGAGAUCAGAUCAGAUUUCUGAAUGGGAACCUAUUAGCUGGGAUAUAGUUCCUGGGGAACGCAACAAAUUCCAAUUUAAUGUAAAUUCUACUGUUAGUUUGUCAUCGACAUAUGAGAUUUUAAUUUUCCUUAGCGGUAAUAUAUGUUCUCAGCCUGCCAACGUCACCGGUCAAUCUUUACGGGUUUAUUAUUCUUUUGAUGAGAGCAUGGUGGAUAAUCUCAGCAUUGCAGAAGCUGCAGACUUUUCGUUGGGGUAUAUGGAAGCAUUGGCUAUCAGGCCGUAUGAAGUUGAAAGCAAUUCUACAGAAACGUAUUCUACGCUAUAUUUGCUGGUUGAGUUAGUUGAUACAGCCUCUGGAAAGUCGUUACCUGCAUCCCAAGGUUCAGCGGAGCCGUGGUCUUACCGGAUAUCUAUUUCACAGAAUGAUUUGGCAUUUCAAUACGAUGCAAAAACUUGGAUAGAUGUUGUUGACACAGAUCACAAUUCUGCUUUAUUAACAACAGGAAACAUGAGUACAUUUUCACCGAAUCAUGGUAUAGCCGAUAUUGAUCUCAGUCUCUACGACUUACUUCUUUAUUCAUCGGAUCACAUAGAUCAGUUCAACAACUUAUCAAGGUCUAUAUGCGCUAUAGCAAAUGGUCCAAUUUUGGCCAGCUCAUUGAACACUGUAACACAUUUUGAAAAUAGCACUUUAUCUUCUACAGAACUUCAAAUAACCAAGUCAAUCACUACACGCGGCGGACAGAUAAAAGAACAAUUUCACAUAACAGGGCUCAACAGUUCAACCACAUAUUUGGCGUAUCUAACAAAAAAAGUCUCUAAUGUAGCAAAAAAUACCACUGAUACAGGGGGAGUCAUUUUCGAGAGGGUGAUAUUCAAAACCAUGGAGAAUAAUUCAUGUUCAUUAAUUUUUGGUCUCGAGUUUUGUAACGGGGUUGCUUACUCGGUGCCAACUUCUUCUAAAACCGAUGCAAAUGAUAAAAUACUUAUGGCCGGGAUGUAUGAUGAUAUUGCCAAGUCUUUAUACUUUAAUUUCUCCCUUGCGUUGGAAUUAAUACCAUGCCAUAGCGAUGCAGACUCAAUUUAUUCACCAUUACGACGUUGCGAAGAUUGUGCCUCGUCUUAUAAAAAUUGGUUGUGUGCUGUGAGCAUUCCUAGAUGCACUACAGACGAGUCAGACUAUUAUGUUUUCCGUAAAAGUUCUGACAACCGAAAUGACCUUAUAAACGACAGUAUUGAACCUACAAGCGACUAUUAUGAAAUAUUACCCUGUAUUAACAUGUGCUAUGCAAUGGUCAGGGAUUGUCCUUCAGAAUUCAAUUUUGCAUGUCCCAAUAAGUCUAAAUAUCCAAAUUUGCUUUAUUCAAGCUAUCGUGAGUAUAUAGAGUCAGCUGUAAUCCCUUGCAACUUCGUAGGAAAUAUGCGGGAAUUAUCUGAUCCACUUGUGGUUAGGUAA